GUCGCAAGACCCGCCCACCAAAGCUUCCGUGCAUCGCUCUGAGUCACGUGAUUUCGCCACUGAACAAUGGCGGCGCCCAUGAACCCAGCGCUGGGUCCUCAGCAACCUGCGGGCGGCGGACCCCCCGGGCCCCAACUCGGACCCGGGGCCGCACAGCAGCAGCAGAUGGGGAUGCCGCAACAGCAGCAGGACUUCGACCCGGUGCAGAGGUACAGGAUGCUCAUCCCGCAGCUGAAGGAGAGUCUGCAGAAUCUCAUGAAAAUCGCAGCUCUGAAUCUGGCCCAGAACACAAAUAUUGAUAAUGGGCAGAAAAUAGCAGAUGUCCCAGUUCAGAGGUUUGAUAAAAGUCUGGAGGAAUUCUAUGCCCUGUGUGACCAGAUGGAGCUUUGUUUGCGCCUUGCCUACGAAUGUCUCUCUCAAAGCUAUGACAGCGCCAAGCACUCCCCUACUCUUGUGCCUACAGCCACCAAACCAGAUGCCGUCCAGACGGAGAGCCUGCCGUAUACCCAGUACCUGAGCAUGAUCAAGUCCCAGAUUGCCUGUGCCAAGGACAUACACAAUGCCCUGUUGGAAUGUUCCAAAAAGAUUAUGGGUAAAACGCCCCCUACCCAGGGCGUUUUAUGAUCUGCUUCUGCUACCCAUGCGCCCACGUGUUGUCAAAACUUUGCUGCAACAAGACUGAUAAACAUGGUUAUAAUUGGCAUUAAAGAAGGACAUAUCUUCAACUUGGAGGUGUAGCUGAUGACUCAAUUCUGCAAUGUCCUAGUUACGUCUGUACUUGGCCUGAUAUGGUUUGUACACUGACUUGCCCACCUUUUGAUCGCACAUCUGGAGUACUUCGGAGAAUGGACUUAUUGUAAGCUGGCGUUUUUAGACGGGAAACAAGCAUCUGUCGGGCUACACUAGCUUUUGAGGUACUGCAAGUCUCAUUGUUCGCUCCGAUCCUAAGACUCUUGGAAUUUUUUUUUUUUUUUUUUUUUUUAUUAGAAGCUGAAACAGUGCUGGCCUCCUUUUGUAGGAUAUUUAACUUUUUUUUUUUUUUUUUUUUUUUUUUUUUUUCUAUCCUGUGUAUUUGAUUCUUUUAAUUAAAGGAAAUAAACGAUAA